GUGAGCCACACGGUUAGUUAAUGCUGUAAAGACAAUCUUAAGCUUUCUGUAUUUGUAAUUGAAUAAAAUGUCUUCGCUUCUCAAGGUGGACAAUGAAAUCAAGACAAAGGUCGAUGCUUUCAGGGAACGAAUCACGGGAGAAGCUGAGGACCUGGUCGCUAAUUUUUUUCCAAAGAAGUUGUUAGAAUUGGACCAGUUUUUAAAGGAUCCCAACUUAAACAUUAAGGAACUGAAGGAAAUCCAUUCAGAGAUCAACCUGACGGUGCCAGACCCGAUAGUACUGACAGAUAUCCAUGAUGGGCUAGAGGGGCCAAACGCCAAGAAGAGGAAAAUUGAAGAUGGCACAGGUGAAGACAAGGUUGGCGGGACGAAGGUGCUGGUCAUGCCCGGUGGGAUGAUGAAGAGCAACGGCAAGCUGGUGGAGUUGAUCGAGAGAGUCAAACCCGAAAUCCGGACCCUUAUAGAGAAAUGCAAUACGGUGGGUGCCCCCCCCCCCCCCCCCCCCCCCCCCCCCCCCCAUCUCCCUCUGUCACAGGUCAAAAUGUGGGUGCAGCUUUUAAUCCCAAGAAUAGAGGAUGGCAACAACUUUGGAGUCUCAAUUCAGGAAGAGACUGUCGCUGAGCUGAGGACAGUGGAAGGUGAAGCAGCGUCUUACCUCGAUCAGAUAUCCAGGUACUACAUCACAAGGGCAAAGCUGGUCUCGAAAAUAGCCAAAUACCCUCAUGUGGAGGACUACCGUCGUACAGUCACAGAAAUUGAUGAGAAGGAGUACAUCAGUCUGAAGAUUAUAGUAUCAGAGCUGAGAAAUCAAUAUGUAACAUUACAUGACAUGAUCCUGAAGAACAUCGAGAAAAUCAAAAGGCCGCGAAGCAGCAACACCGACGCCCUGUACUGAAGAGAACGUUCUCCCACCAACGCCGCGCCCUCCUCGGUUCUGUGCGUGGAGCCGAGGAGGUUCCCCCGGCCUUGGGCUGGUUCUCACGGAGCACGUCUGAUCGUUACUACCAGGCCAAGACGACUACCAGCUCCACACGGCCGGCUGACGCAUACCGCUUAUGAUUAGACCUGUAAAAUACUGUCACUCUGUUUUAAACCCUUUAAAGAACUCUCUCUCUCU